UGGCGACCCAGGCUAGGCGAGAAACGUGAUUUAGCGACAUCGUUUUUCCUUGUAAAGAAUAGUACGAAGGCACGCAUUGAAGAUGGCUCUCUCUGGGAGUGGAAUAAGUUUUGGUGACUUUCAAGACAUUGAAGCUAAUGAAUAUGAGAAGCUCUUUGGUCAAGCUAAGGAGCCUCUACAUAGCAACUGCGUGGAGUUACCGUGGGAUGAAGAUGCAGAGCUGCAAAGCACCGAUACAGCCAAUGAGCAUGACGAGCCAGCUGUCAGCAUUGGAGACAAGGAUCAAUCCUUAGAAAUACAGCAGCAGCAGCAACAACUAUUUCAGCAGCAGCAACAAAUGUCCAUGCAGCUGCAGCACCAACACCAACAGAAUCAGCACAUCCAGCAGCAGAAUGAGCAACAAAUGCAGCAACAGCAGCAGAUGCUUAGUCAGCAUCACCAGCAACAGCAGCAGCACCUGCAGGAUCAGCAGCUAUGCCAACAGCAGCAGCUUUUUCAGUUGCAGCAAGAGCAGCAUCAGCAACAGAGUCUCCAGCAGCAGCAGCAGCAUGCUUUUUCCCCAGUGUGCAUGAACCAACAACCCUCAAACACCACCUUCCAGCAAGCAUCCGCCCAGAGCAGUACUCAACCUGUGGUACCAGACCAGGUGGCUCCUACUUACACACAGCCCAUGCCAUCAAGCCACCUUCAAAUGGUACAAGGACACCCCGACAUUGUGGCUGGAAUGCAAGCUCAAAUGAUGGCUCAAGCCCAUUUACAAAUGGUCAUGCAAGGUCAUUACAUGCCAAUGAAUCCUGCCCAAACACAAGGACAAGUCGCUAACCUGGCCCAGGCGUCUUCCACCGAUGGCCAAGUGAUGCCUGAUGAAGCCUCACGGAGUUCAGAUGGGCAGGUCGCUGAUCCAAAUGAGACGGAGGCCGGGAUUAAGCGCAGGAACAAAAAGCGCAGAGAUCCCAGCUUCUACGCCAAUUUCUACAGCAGUGAUCCUGGUCAAUAUAAUCCUGGUCAAUUUAAUAGAACAGAGAUCGCGUAUUAUGCAGAUAAUGAAAGCAGUGGUAGCAGCAGUGGUGCUUCUAGUGAAGUAACUGGCGGCGGCAGUGGUGGAACAGAACUUGGGGUUGGAAGGGGUGGGAUUGAACUUAGCGAAAUGCAGCACAAGUUGGACUGCACACCAAAAGAGGACCUAAAGGCAUCUCAACUUGAAAAUCUAUUCACUGGAACCAGUGUGCAACAGGAAGAACCAUUUGCCAAUAACAACAAGAACGUUGAUUUGUAUACACAUCAUGCACCUGAAAGAACUAGACCACCUUUAACCAAAGAAGACCAUCAAAGUGUAGUUUGUAACAACCUCUCCACCGCCCAAAUGCCUAACAACUCUUCUCCAUCCCAAACGCAGUACACACCAAUUGCAGUGUCAGAACCGAGUGCAAUCCAGACCCAGACUGUGUCACCGAAAAUCAAACAGCACGUUGUGGAAUACCCAAGAACUAAAGCGAGCGUGGAUAAUGUCAAUCCACAUGGUUUAUCGUUUGGUGUGGAUCCACUAUUACCUGUUGAUCCGCAACAACAGCAGGAAGCCAAACCACUGUCUGUAGAACCAAAUGUGGCGAAGGAGCCCAAACAGGAAGAGUCCACAGUUAGAGACCCUGAUCACAACGAAGACGCUGCAGCAGCUCCCGCUCAGCAGCCAACUCCUGAAGAACACAAACAGGAAGUUGCCGUUGCUGUGGUCACCCCGAUUGCAGCAGACCAAAACGAGGUGCCACUGCAGCCCGAAGAAGGAGCUAAGACACCCCCCGACACGACCCAAGCUGCAUUGCCCCCACCGCCUAAACCAAGCAGUUGGGCAAGUCUGUUCAAAUCAGCCGGUUCGGUCUCGGCACCGCCAACUCCAGCUGCAUUAGUCUCUGCACCAGUAGAACCUACUCAGACUGAACCAAAGGUUGUCCCACAGUCUGAUACAGACGAUAAGACACCUGUGUCUGUGGAUAAAGAUCCUCGGGCCAAGGAGUUAGGAGGUGUUUUGAGUCAUGUUGUACUCAAUCAUCGAGUCAUGAACCUCCAGCCACGUGGACUUAAAAACAUUGGCAAUUGGUGCUACGUCAACAGCAUUUUACAAGCAUUGCUAGCCUGUCCUCCAUUCUACAAUCUGAUGAAGCAUGUGCCUUUCUUCCCGAUGCAGCGAGGGCCAAGCUCAUCCCCCAUGCUGGACGCCAUGGUGGAGUUUGCCAGUAAGUUUUCCGAGCAACCAAACCGCAACAUACAAAAGAAAGGAACCAUCGAUGUGAAAACUGGAAUUCCCUUUGAGCCAAGCGUUGUGUAUCAGAUGUUGAGUGUGGCCCAAACGUCCAUGUCUGUUAAGCAAGGACGACAGGAAGAUGCUGAGGAGUUUCUUGGCUGCUUGUUGAACGGCCUUCAUGAAGAGAUGCUAGCCCUUAUGAAGUUUUAUGCUCCUGCCAAAUAUGAGGACCCCAAUGUGCAGGCGACAGUCAAGACCAAUGGCCUACCAGAGCAGACAAACCACACCAAGGUGGAAGAAGAAGAAGGGGAAGAUGAAGCUGAUGAAUGGGAGCAGGUCGGACCACGUAAUAAGAGCAGCAUCACUAGGGUGGCCCAUUUCAAUCGGUCUCCGUUGUAUGACAUCUUUGGAGGUCAAAUGAGGUCAGCUCUUCACCAGCAAGGCUCCAAAGAGUCUGCUACCCUGCAGCCAUUCUUCACUUUGCAGCUUGAUAUACAGUCGGACAAGAUAUGGACGGUGCGUGAAGCUAUUGAAAAUCUUGGAAGCAAAGAAGCUCUGCACGGAUUCACAUGCAACAAAACCAAACAAGAGGUGGAGGCAUCUCGCCGAAUCAGUCUGGAAGAGCUUCCCCCUGUACUGACACUUCACCUCAAGCGGUUUGUGUACGACAAAUCAGGAGGAUGUCAGAAAGUGAUGAAGAAACUUGACUACGGUGUGGACUUGGAGAUUAACAGGGACUUGCUGUCUCCGAAUAUCAAGUCAAAGGUGUACAUUGGCCAGCGGACUUAUAAAUUAUUUGCCGUGGUGUACCAUACAGGUAAGGAGGCCUCUGGAGGCCAUUACAUCACAGACGUCUUCCACGCCGGCAGCAACAGCUGGCUACGUCUUGACGACAGCAUCGUCAAGCCAGUACGCGUUACCCAUGUCAUCAAACCGCUGCAGGCAUACACGCCGUAUUUGCUCUUUUACAGAAGACGGGAUCUGAUCUAAGAGGAUACCGAUCUAAGAGGAUACCGAUCUAAGAGGUGAGAGUCUCAAACAAGAUGGAUCAAGGCAUCUUUGAUUUACUUAUAUAAGAUUUACAUGUAGGGACAACGAAGGUUGUAGUUCUCAUUUUUAUAUGAAAGGAAUUUGGCUGUGUAAUUUAAAAGUGAAAGCAUUGCUCUAAUAUGAUCAGGUUUGGUAUUGAUUCUUGUUACAUUCACACGUGGGGUGGUUUUUUUUGGUGGGGGGGGGGGGGGGGGCGGUAUUUUGUAUGCUAUUGGCUAUUGUUUUAGUAAAUUGAUGCCAAGCAAAAAAAAAAAAAAGACAAAAAGAGCUUUAUUUCAGAGAAAGAAAAUUUAUUUUAUUUUGUAUCUUUUGAAGAUUUGAUAUACACACUGUAUGGUGUCAGAAACUUUGUUCGUUAAGGGGCGAACCAAAUUUCCCCUGGGAAAUGGAUCUGAAAGGAUCUGUUAGUACUCGAGCGGGUAUACACAUGUAAUUUAUUUGUGCAUUGUUCUGUGACGUAUCAUGGCCAAGUGGUUUAGUGAAUGCAUCGGACUAAAAUUCUGGUGAUUAGGUUAUUUGGGUGUUGAUUUGAAUCCCGCUCAUGAAAUGAGGUCCUUGAACAAGACACUUUUAAGCGUCCCUUCUCUUCACCCAGGGGUCAACUGGUACCCGUACGGGCAGAGGUGGUUCUUGUGAUUGAUUUAGCCGAGGUGGUUUGAUGAAUGAGUUAGUUUGCUCAGUGACCAGGGGUUGUAAUGUUGGGAGCGUCAUGAGCGUCAAUGAGUGACAGAUUUGAGCGCUAUAUAAAAACCAUUACUAUUAAAGCCAAGCUGACAAAGAUCAUAUAGUGGUUGACAACAACACACAAACAAACAAAUAAACAAUCAAAGGUUACUUUUAUGCAAUAGUCCAAUUGUUCCAUUUCUCCAGAUUUCAGUAAACACCAAAGACAGUUGGCGAAUGAAAAUUAUUUACAUUUUAUUCUGAGGCUAUUGAGAAAAUAACAUUAUGUUUUGAUGAGACUUUAUGCAUGUCUUUAUUAUGUUCUGUUGUUUUGAUUCGUCUGAUCAAACAACAUUUAUCCAAGGUUUAUUUUCUUGUACAUAAAAGUGUUUAAAUGGGAAAGCAAUUGGAUCCUGGUGCAAAUUUUCCAAAAAUUAUUCAAAUUAGUUUUUGUUGUUGAUGUAUCAUGCCUGGAUUUCAACUUCCAAAACCCACUUUGGAACUAAUUUACACCAUUUAACUAAUUAUUUCGCAUUUUUAAGUGCCUGCUUAUGACAUCUACAUGUAUGUUGGUUACUCCAGAAAAAUUCUUCCUGUAUUCAGUUAAAUGUUAUGCAUAUUGGGAAUUGUUAUUAACAAGUAGUACUUAGCUUGUAAAAAGAAAAAAAAAAACCAACAUUUAUUUGGAGGUAUUUUGGAUGUUAAAUUUGCAUCUGUGUG